AUGCCUCCCGUAUCUAAAACGUGUCAGAGUUGCGCGGAUUCUAAGGUGCGAUGUGUGCGGGAUACCGAUAUUGCCGCGUGUAAUCGGUGCCGCCGUUUGGGAAAAAAAUGUCUAUAUCGCCAGACUGGCCGUCGAUUUAAUGGCUUCCAAAAGGACCGUAAGAUUGCGGCUCUUGAGUCAAAGAUCAAUGAGCUUAAGGCCGACCGUGCUGAUCUAGAAGAAAAUGACAACAACACGAGCACGCGCAGCACGCGCAGCACAUCAUUAAUUAACGGCGAUGCUGCGCUUGAAGACAUCAUCAGCCGAGGCUUUCUUGACAUACAGACCGCCGAAAGGUACCUAAACACAUUCAAGACAAAACUGACCCCACACUUCCCAUUUGUGGUUGUGCCCCCUGAUGUAUCUAUCACGCAGCUCCGCCAGGAGAAGCCGUUCCUAUGCCUAGCAAUCCUUGCAUCGGCUUCGUACGAGAACAUGCCACUGCAACGGGCUCUAGGGGACGAAGUCAAGAAAGUCGUCGCAUCACGCAUGGUCAUCGGUGGGGAAAUCUCCUUUGAGUUGCUGCAAGGACUGUUGGUGUUCCUCGGAUGGUUGCAUUAUCACUCACGGCCACACCGUUAUACUCAAUUCCUGCAACUGGCUAUAAGCCUCAUGAUAGAUCUGCGGUUGGACCGUCCGCCACAGACACAGACGUGGAAGACAGAGUUGCGCUUUGGCCUUCAAUAUAAUCUGCAGAAUCGGACGUUUAAUCGGCCUUCUUGGGGAAGUAACGAGCAGAGGGCUGUCUUGGGAUGUUACUAUUUAUCUUCCUCGAUUGCGAUGCUUGUGCAAAAGAAGUCUACUAUUCUGCGUCUCCCAUAUCAGGAAGAGUGUUGCAAGUCUCUCGAUGAAGCCAACGAGUAUCCUCAUGACAAAUACGUCAGUUAUGUUAUACAACUUCAAUUUAUUGCAGAAAAGGUCGACAACCUAUCCGCAAAGCAUGGGCUCGAUUUGGAAACGCCUGGAUCGGGAUCAGAGCUCUUUAUCACCAAUAUAAAGUCGGAUCUGGAGGCAUUCUACGGUCGUCUACCCUUCGAUAUCAACGAAAGCUUUCUCCUUGCUAUACAAUACCACGCGACAGGACUGUGCCUAUACCAACUAGCUCUUAACAUCACCAACAAAGAGUCCCAAUCACCCUUUGACUCUAACUCCUGGAGAGACGAAAUGUCGUUUUCGGCACUUAUCUCAGCCAGCUCGAUACUUAAUCUGUACAUUCAACUUCCAUCCAACGAGGAAGUCGGAUUCAACAAUACGCAAUGGGUACAGAUAGGAUUUGCCUUGCUAGUUGCCUAUCGACACACCGUGGCAGCCUCUAAACCACAUCAAACUGCUGCCUUCCUAGAUACUCUAUCAAAAUUGAGAUCGAGGGUUGGGGCGUUGUCUACUUCUGAUGUAGAUAUGAACGGCGCUCGAGAUGUUUUCUUCGAUUUUAGGAACCGCAUAAUUCAAAUCGAAAAGUGGCUCGGGAGACACGAUAGACAGGAAGAUAACUCUCACGGCGAGGAGAAGUUUGAAGACUUUCAACAUGCGUCAUGCUUGGAGCCGACACACUUUGACGGGUUUAUGGGGGCUGCGCAGGCGGAGCAUAUUGAUGGCUCUCUCGGGAAUUUAUUUUCAUCUUCGGCGGAGGACUUGCAUAUCCCUCAUGAUUUUUUCUUUGCGUCUUCGUUUGAGCAGCUUAUGGGUGAUUGGGCAUGA